AUGCUCACUUUCCGCAAGUCGUUGAUCGCCGCGAUCUUCCUUGUCGCCUGUAUUCUAAUCCUCCGAUCCUCCCAUUCCUCCUCAUCCUCAUCCUCAUCCUUAUCCUCGUCGAUAGCCGAUAUACCUCCAAUAACUCCCGAUAAAAACUUGAACGAGGAUAACUUGCCAAAGAAGGGCACCGUCCAACAACUCCCCAUCCAACCCGCGCCAACGGCAUCCCUCCGCGACCGACUCCGCUACCACUUCCCCUACGACAUUUCGAACAAAUUCCCCGCCUACAUCUGGCAGACAUGGAAAUAUGACCCGUCCUCGUUCUGGUUCAUCGACGACCUGCGCGCCCCCGAAGCUAGCUGGACAGAGCUGCAUCCCGGUUUCGUCCACCAGGUCAUCACCGACGACACCCAGCGCCACCUGAUAAAAUACUAUUUCGCGUCUAUUCCGGAAGUGGUGGAGGCAUAUGAGGCACUGCCGCUUGCUGUGCUCAAGGCGGAUUUUUUCCGGUACUUGGUACUGCUUGCGCGUGGGGGUAUCUACAGUGACAUCGACACCACCGCCCUACAACCUGCGCCUGAAUGGCUCCCCGCGGAACUGGACCAGUCGACCGUCGGCCUGGUCGUGGGUAUCGAAGCGGAUCCGGACCGUGACGACUGGCAGAAAUGGUACUCGCGACGCAUUCAGUUCUGCCAGUGGACUAUUCAGGCCAAGCCCGGUCACCCUGUCCUCCGCGACAUUGUCGCCUAUAUUACCGACGAAGCGCUGCGAAUGAAGAAGCUAGGCGUGCUCAAUACGAAGAAAAUGGACAAGACUGUUGUUGAAUUCACGGGUCCUGCGGCAUGGACGGACGCCGUCUUCAGAUACCUUAAUGACCCGGAGUACUUCAAGAUCGACCCUGAGACCUCGCGCAAUGUCACCUACGAAGACUUUACUGGGCAGGAAGACCGACGCAAGGUCGGUGAUGUCGUCGUCUUGCCGAUCACGAGUUUCAGUCCUGGAGUUGGACAGAUGGGGGCGAUGGAUAUUGAUGAUCCGAUGGCGUUUGUGCAGCAUGAUUUUGAAGGAACUUGGAAAACAGACCCUUCGCUAUGA